UCCGGGAGCGCUCUGCGCAGGCGCGGACGCAGGUUACAGCAGCGCUUGGCCUCUGCUGAUGCCGUCGUUGUCCUACCCCUCCCCCGUCCCAGCUCUGCGGCGGCCGCGCGCUCCAGGCCGGUCGCUCCACGCCCCCGGCUCCCGGGACUGUGGACUCCACGACCGUGUCCUCGGCCCUGUCCGCGCCGAAGCAGCCCGGGACUGCGCAGCGCCCCGCGUGCCGGUGAGCGACCCCGGACGUGCAGUCCCCAGGUCCCCUUCCGGAGCGAGGCUGAGCGGCUGCGCCGCGGCUUGAGCCGGGCCUGACAAGGAGGGGAGGCCGCUGGGGUGCUGGGCCCGCCGCAGACAUGGGAAAGUCUCUUUCUCAUUUGCCUUUGCAUUCAAGCAAAGAAGAUGCUUAUGAUGGAGUCACAUCUGAAAACAUGAGGAAUGGACUGGUUAAUAGUGAAGUCCAUAAUGAAGAUGGAAGAAAUGGAGAUGUCUCUCAGUUUCCAUAUGUGGAAUUUACAGGAAGAGAUAGUGUCACCUGCCCUACUUGUCAGGGAACAGGAAGAAUUCCUAGGGGGCAAGAAAACCAACUGGUGGCAUUGAUUCCAUAUAGUGAUCAGAGAUUAAGGCCAAGAAGAACAAAGCUGUAUGUGAUGGCUUCUGUGUUUGUCUGUCUACUCCUUUCUGGAUUGGCUGUGUUUUUCCUUUUCCCUCGCUCUAUCGACGUGAAAUACAUUGGUGUAAAAUCAGCCUAUGUCAGUUAUGAUGUUCAGAAGCGUACAAUUUAUUUAAAUAUCACAAACACACUAAAUAUAACGAACAAUAACUAUUAUUCUGUCGAAGUUGAAAACAUCACUGCCCAGGUUCAAUUUUCAAAAACAGUUAUUGGAAAGGCACGCUUAAACAACAUAACCAAUAUUGGUCCACUUGAUAUGAAACAAAUUGAUUACACAGUACCUACCGUUAUAGCAGAGGAAAUGAGUUAUAUGUAUGAUUUCUGUACUCUGCUAUCCAUCAAAGUGCAUAACAUAGUACUCAUGAUGCAAGUUACUGUGACGACAACAUACUUUGGCCACUCUGAACAGAUAUCCCAGGAGAGGUAUCAGUAUGUCGACUGUGGAAGAAACACAACUUAUCAGUUGGGGCAGUCUGAAUAUUUAAAUGUACUUCAGCCACAACAGUAAAAACUGGAAGAGAUGGAUUUAAAGAAGAUAUAUCUGUUGAUAUUUCCUAUACUCUCAAUGAAGAGGUAUUUCUUAAUAGGAGACCUUAAAUUGAACAAACCUAAAGUUUACACUUCUAAGAGUACAGUUAAAAGUAUGUGGACCUGCAGUUCUUGUAACUCUCCACUCUGUGUUAAUGAUAUAUUUGUACUAGGAUCUUUUACUUGAAUCUAAAUUUACUGGUUGAUUUCCUUCUCCAGCCUUUCCCCUACAGGGAAAAGCUGAUACUUCCCCUAUAGUACAAUAAAUAAUUAUUAAAAGUCAUAGCUCCAGUCACUACUGAAAACAUAAUUUUGGUGAUAAACAUAAUUUGAGAAACUUAAUUUCUGAAUGUUUUUAUAGAAAAUUACUGAAAGUCUAUUAUUCAUGGAAGACUUUUAAAGAAUAACCUUUUUUCCUGUUUUAUAAAUUCCCAUUGUUAUAUGGUAGUAUUUCAGCUACACAAUAUUUUAGCUUUUAGCUAGACAUUUAUAGCUUUUCAUUUGUUGAAACGGUAAUCAUCUGCAUGUUUUUGUCACUUAUUUCAGGUUAGUGAUUGCCUAACACUUAUAAGCCAAAAUAAUCUUUGCAAAAUUCCAUACCUAAAAUUUUGAAAGCCCCUAAUAUUUUCACACAUCUUUCUGUAUUAUAGUUUUGUGAAAUCUUUGUGUGAUCUUCAGACAUUAUCAUUUAAUGUACAAUACUGUAAAUAAAAUGUGCAUGGCUUUUAUACAGCUUUAGUAAAUGUCAAAUAAAGUGGGUAAAGAUUCAUUACAACAAGUUUCUCAUAAAAAUACAAUAAAUAGGAAAAUGAAAUUCAGAAACCCAUAGACUGGGAAUAGGUUCCAAUUACAUGUUGGAUCUGGCAUAAAAUAAAUUUGAAAUAAAAUAUUUUGAUGCUCCA